AUGUCUUCGUCAGGAGCACAAUCAUCUUCAGAUGAGGAGGAAGAUGAGAAACGCUGUCUUCUGUUUCCUUUUUUCCAUGUUGUUGCAGGUGUUCUUGAUGCUGAAGCUGUUGACCUUUCCGAAGAUGAACGUUCUGACUGGGCUGUGGCUUACUUUGUGCCCAUCAACGUGACGGCGACGGCGGAGGCGUUGUCCUCGGGCUGCUGGCGCGGCGUGUCGGCGCGCAGCCAGUACCUGGUGCUGGGCAGGGUGACGCGGCCGCAGCACGUCGAGGCCGACGCGCUCGUCGACUGGACGCCGGAGACCGAGCAGCUCGUCUGGGCCGCGCUCGGUUGGCAGCCAUGGUCGGAGUGGUCGGCGUGCAGCGCGUCGUGCGGAGGCGGCGUGCAGCGGCGGCGGCGCGCCUGCUCGAUCAGCACCGGCUGCCAGGGCCACGACGCCGAGCUGCGGCGCUGCAACACCUUCUCCUGUCUCGGCAGCGUGGACGCGCUGUCUCUGGAGGACCGCCGCUACUUCCACCCGGCGCGCGCACAGUGGCAGAGGGUGCCGGGCCGGCCCAGCGCAUACCGCCUGCGGCCCAACUCCUACAUCUGGGUGCCCUCGGCGCAGCUCUUCCCGCGUGCCGGCGGCUUCCCCGCGGAGUUCUCGCUGCUCGCUACUCUACGGCUGCACCCCCAGUCAACAUUGGGCACGGUGCUGAGCCUGCGGUCGCGCCGGCAGCAGGACGCCUACCUGUCGCUGGAGGUGUCCGGGGACGGCGAGGGCAUGCGGCUGGUGCACGCCGCCACCAACGGCAGCACCCAGCUGGUGGCGCUGCCCGGCCUCAAGAUCCAGGACGGCCGCUGGCACCACGUCGCCAUAGGGCUACACGGAGACCACACGGUGCGCAGCUACCUGGACUGCCGCUGGGUGAGCACCAACAUCCUGAGGAGGAACUCCUUGGACACGCCCCAGGACGCUGACGUCGUCAUUGGCUACCUCUUCAUGGGCGACCUGGAGCAGCUGACAGUGGUGCCCUCCGCGGAGGCGGUGUCCGAACAAUGCGACGCAGACGUGGCGCUCACCAACGACACGGCGCCCGUCGUCGUGGAGGGGUACGGCGACGCCGACGCCGACGACGACGAUGACGACGUGGACAUGGACUCCACCUCCGAGGAGGGCAGCGGCGGCGGCUCCGACGAAGACCUCAGCGACGCUGACAACGACAUAGACACCGACUACCAGUACGAGGUGGAGUGGUCCGAGUGGAGCGAGUGCAGCGCCUCUUGCGGCACGGGCUCGCAGUCGCGCUUCUCGCGCUGCGUGGACGACGGCAAGCGGCUGGAGCUGUGCGUGGAGGCGGGUGGGGAGCGCACGGAGACCCACAGAGGGAAGAAGAAAGCAGUUCUUUUGCUUCAACCACUAAAUGAACUAUAG